AUGUUUCGGUCAGCUGCGGAGGUCAGACAUGUGGGAGAAACGGAAACGCGAGGAGGUCUGCUGAGAACCUGGGAAGACUGUACUGUCGGAGGCGAACUGCUGUUGGAGGUUGACGACGUGCUCGGCCUGGCGGAGAUUUAUACUGUGGACGAGAUGGACGCCGACAAGCACGACGGGGAAUGGGAUCAAGGCGCGAGGUGCGAUAUGUGGGAUCGCUUUCUGGGGGAAGGGUUUGUGGUGCAGGCCGGGAAAAAGCGACAACGCGCCGGAGAUGACCCGGUACAGCAGUUCGAGGUGACCCAUGCGCCGUGGUGCAAGGAAGGAACCCCGGAUAACCCACUGUUCGUGUUGAGGAGAGAAGGCUUCCACCUCAACAACGAGAACCUCGCGUUUUUUUUAACGCCCGUCACCUUUUACAACGACGCCUUCAACUGCUUUGGAAUGGGAAACAAGCAUUCCGUGGGUGGCGGGUAUUUUGGGUGGCCGUGGAGAACCCAAGCUGUGCAGCGACUGAAGCGACAGACACACGUCGGCACCCUUGCGAGCACCGGAGCUUGUUGCCAAGGAGAGAUCGGAUUGCAGUGUGAAAUCCUUGGAUUGCUACAGCAGGGGUGUUUGGGCGAAUGCAUGCUCACAGAGGAUGAUGGGACAACCUAUUUGCAAGAGGUGUUUGUUCGGGGCGGAUUGCUCAUGUGGUGUGGGGACGGGCCGGGGCGGGCUAAGAACCUCGGUUCCAAGGCAUGCAACCACUUCUCGAGGUUCCCGUGUCCCUACUGCAUGGUUGAGCAACGCGACGACGCCUUCGGGGGAGAUCUGGGGGAUGCCCAGUAUGAUCUCGAUGCCAAUCGACGUACCUGGGGGGGGAUCACCGAGGGUUUUGCUACGCUGCAGUCCCUAUCGGAUGACCCCAGCGAACAGUCUCGGCGCUCGAUGGAACUGGGUCUGGUUGCACCGGAUGGUACCGGCCUCCCCCUACCUCUCUACGACGCCAUGCUCAUCGUACCGACUGAGGCUGUUCCGGUGGAACGACUUCACUUCGAUGCUCUGGGGUCCUGUCAGCUCUGCCAGGUGUUCCUACUGGAAAUGUUGUCGACACGAGGACGGCGUCUGGUCUCCGCCGUCAUGUCCCAGACUCCUUCUCUUCUGUAUCCAGCUGGGACGGAGCGCCUCAAGGACAUGGUGUCCAACUACUCUUCCCUCACCGGGAGCGACAAGUGGACGCUUCAGUCCAUCAUGCUGCUCGUGUUCCGACCGGUUUUUCAAGACUUCCGCGCCAUGAAGAAAAACAUGAAGAGGCAAAACAUUAACGACUUGCGAGAGAUCUGGGGGACUGACGGGAAGGUUCUGGAGGUGCUACAGCAACUCGUACAGGUGGCGUCCCACCUGUCGUACGCCGUGCGUGCGCCUUCUCACAACGACCGCGAGCUAUCCCAGCUCGACCUUCUCGCGCGUGACGUGGUGGUUUCGCUGCUUGCUCAGUAA